AUGCCCUCCAUUGGCAACAGUGACCACGAUAUUGUUCUUUUUGAUACUACCAUCAGUGCUAGUCGUCCCAAGCCACCAAGAAGGAAGAUCUUUUUAUUGAAGAAAGCUGACCUCCAAGGCAUUAAGGACGAUUUAUCAGACUUAUCAAACAUAAUAAACAUGAACGAUUCCUCCAUUGAAGAUUCCUGGAAAGGAGUGCAAUACCAGAUACGCAAGGCCAACAAGAGAUUCCUUGUGGACACAGUCAGUCACGACUUCAAGGACAACUCCAAGAAGUUUUGGGCCUUAGUCAAAAGCAAGGGACAGGAGAGUACUGGUGUUGCACCUUUAAAAAACAAGGAUGGUUUCCUCCAGAGCGGCAAUGCAGCCAGAGCUAACAUUCUUAACGAUCAGUUUGUCUCUGCAUUCACCCGCGAAAAUACCACCAACAUUCCAGACAUGGGACAAAGCGGCCUACCAUCUAUGCCGAACAUUUCAGUUGACUGGAAGGGUGUACACAAGCUGCUGAUGAACCUCAAGACCAAGAAAGCCACUGGUCCUGAUGAGCUUCCAGCCAUCAUCCUGAAAGCAGCUGCUACAGAAUUAGCCCCUGCCUUAGCAAAGCUGUUCCAGCUUUCGCUCAACCUAGGUGAAGUACCUCAAGACUGGCGGAAUGCCUCGGUAGUCCCACUUUUCAAGAAGGGCGACCGACACCAAGCAUCUAACUAA